AGAGCCCAUACGCCCUGUAGGCAUAUGAAGCCAUGCCGACGCCACGUCGGGGCGGGAGCCGUUCCCCUCCCCCUCGGUGGUAGGAGCGGAUUUCGGACGCGGGACGUCCGGCCGCCUGCCUUCGCCUGUUGUCAUGUGUGAGCACAGGCGCGCGGCCGUGCUUGUUGCUGGCAAGUCGAAACAGCGUAGCCGAAGCCUUUCGCCAUCUUUCCCAUGCGCGCUCCACGGUUGUCAUCGCUCCCUGCUUGCCGAUGGAGCUUCUGGUUGCUCUUCGAUUCGGGGCAUCCAGGGUAGGGGAGGCGGAGUGUACACAAUGGAGGCGGGGCAACUGCACGGAAGUGACGCAAGAAGCCGCCAUGCCCUUUGAGGGCGGCGACGGCGCCUGGCCGGCCAUGCUGGCUACGGGCACGGCGCGGAUGGCGUCUGGGCGGCCAGAGGAACUGUGGGAGGCCGUCGUGGGGGCCGCCGAGCGCUUCCGGGCCCGCACUGGCACAGAGCUGGUGCUGCUGACGGCAGCGCCGCCGCCCCGCCCAGGGCCCUGCGCCUAUGCCGCCCACGGCCGCGGAGCCCUGGCAGAGGCCGCCCGCCGCUGCCUCCACGACAUCGCACAGGCACACAGAGCUGCCACCGCCACCCGACCUGGUCCCCCACCGGCACCACAGCCGCCCAGCCCUGCUCCUAGCCCUCAGCCUCGGCCAGCCCUGGUGAGGGAGGAUGAGGAGGACGAGGAGGACGAGCCCACUGAGACAGAGACUUCUGGGGAGCGGCUGGGCGGUAGCGAUAAUGGAGGACUCUUCAUGAUGGAUGAGGACGCCACUCUCCAGGACCUGCCCCCCUUCUGCGAGUCAGACCCGGAGAGUACAGAUGACGGCAGCUUGAGUGAGGAGACCCCCGCCGGCCCCCCGGCCUGCCCCAAGCCCCCGGCCGCAGCCCUGCCCACCCAGCAGUACGCCAAGUCCCUGCCCGUGUCGGUGCCAGUGUGGGCCUUCAAGGAGAAGAGGACGGAGGCGCGAUCGUCAGAUGAGGAAAACGGCCCGCCCUCCUCGCCAGAUCUGGACCGCAUCGCUGCUAGCAUGCGGGCCCUGGUGCUGCGGGAGGCCGAGGACACCCAGGUCUUUGGGGACCUGCCGCGGCCGCGGCUCAACACCAGCGACUUCCAGAAGCUGAAGCGGAAAUACUGAGCGGACAGAGCGCCGGGCGGGCUGAGGGCGGCGGAAGGCCGUGCGCUCCGCCGCGGUCUUGGAGCCUUCCUCCGCCCAGCAACAGGACAUUCUUCCCGGGAUUGGCCCGUUCGCAAACGCUCGCUGGGUCAGCUCCGUUUCUUGCCUAGCAACAGCAGCUUUACCCGCGGGAGCCCGGGCGCGGGACGGUGGCCGCGGACGGUGGCGGCUCCCCGAUGUCCCGAGAGCCGCAGGCCGCCCUUCUGCAGUCCCCUCCCGAUUGGCCCUGGCCUCCUGGGGGCGGGCCGAGCCCUCCCGGUCCCAGCGUUGGCCGAGGCCUGGACUUUGUUACACUACGGGGCUGGUUUUUUGUUUUUGUUUUUGCCCUAGUCCUGACACUUGGAUCCGGUUCCCCACGGGGACAGUCCGGUCCUGCGCUGCGUCUGACGCCCCCAUAGGUUACACCCCACAACAGCCUGUCCAUCAAAGUCUGUCCUUUACCCAGGACAGUACCAGCUUCCCGUCCCCCGACCCCAACAGGUGCCUUAAAGGGCCCUCUCCCACCCAAGGUAGGGGGCAGGGGGCCUCUACCGCUCUCCGGCCCUGGCCCUGGGUGCGGGGGAGUGGGCUGGGGGCCGGGAGUCGGGAGGGCGCUCUGAGAGAUUAAAGUUUUACCUCUGACCA